AUGUCACGGAAGGGUUUGAUGGAACAAGACUUGAGUACAUUGGAUGUGACAAAAUUGCAUCCACUUUCUCCUGAAGUCAUAUCUCGGCAGGCUACUAUUAAUAUUGGCACCAUAGGUCAUGUGGCACAUGGCAAAUCAACAGUUGUGAAAGCAAUAUCGGGUGUUCAGACUGUGCGUUUUAAAAAUGAGUUGGAGCGUAACAUUACAAUCAAGCUUGGCUAUGCAAACGCAAAAAUAUAUAAGUGUGAAGAUGAACGAUGUCCAAGGCCUAUGUCCUACAAGGCUUAUGGAAGUGGAAAAGAAGAUAAUCCUAUGUGUGAUGUGCCAGGGUUUGAAAACUGCAGGAUGAAAUUGUUGAGACAUGUUUCUUUUGUCGAUUGCCCGGGUCAUGAUAUUCUCAUGGCUACAAUGCUUAAUGGAGCAGCAAUCAUGGACGGCGCUUUGCUACUCAUAGCUGCUAAUGAAAGCUGCCCACAACCACAAACCUCUGAGCAUUUAGCUGCUGUGGAAAUUAUGCGUCUUCAGCACAUGAUAAUCCUUCAAAACAAGGUUGACCUAAUUCAAGAGAAUGUGGCUAUCAAUCAGCAUGAAGCAAUUCAGAAGUUUAUACAAGGAACGGUUGCUGAUGGUGCACCUGUGGUACCUAUUUCAGCCCAAUUGAAGUAUAAUAUUGAUGUCGUGUGUGAGUAUAUCGUGAAAAAGAUCCCAAUUCCUGAAAGGAACUUUAUUUCUCCUCCUAAUAUGAUAGUAAUUCGGUCUUUUGAUGUCAAUAAACCUGGUUUUGAGGUUGAUGAAAUAAAAGGAGGCGUAGCUGGUGGAAGCAUUCUGAGGGGUGUUUUGAAGGUCAACCAAUUCAUUGAAGUUCGACCAGGAAUAGUUGUUAAAGACGAGAGUGGAAAUAUUAAGUGCACACCUAUAUACUCUAGAAUAGUUUCAUUGUAUGCUGAACAAAAUGAGCUUCAAUUUGCUGUGCCUGGAGGCCUAAUUGGUGUUGGAACAACAAUGGAUCCUACUUUGACUCGCGCUGACAGGUUGGUUGGGCAAGUUCUCGGAGAAGUUGGAUCACUACCUGAGGUUUUUGUUGAGCUUGAGGUAAACUUUUUCUUGCUUAGAAGGCUUCUUGGUGUCCGAACAAAAGGAUCCGAGAGACAGGGAAAGGUAUCUAAGCUGGCCAAAGCAGAAAUGCUAAUGUUGAACAUAGGAUCAAUGUCAACAGGAGCCAGAGUAAUAGCUGUGAAGAAUGACUUGGCAAAAUUGCAACUUACAUCUCCUGUGUGCACCAGCAGGGGUGAAAAGAUUGCACUCAGUCGACGUGUUGAGAAGCAUUGGCGUCUUAUCGGGUGGGGUCAAAUCCAAGCUGGAAUCACUAUUGAUGUCCCUCCUGCACCCAUCUUUAGUUGA